GUGACGUCGCGGUGACGCAUACGUCAACGUGGUAACCAGAGUAACCAGUUAGUAACUAGUAGUUGUGUAUAAAGUGGUUUAAAUAUUAAUAUAAAGUGGUUUAAUCUAGUUUGGGAUCAGAGGACGACAUCUGGACCAGAAUGACCAGUUCACCCAGUUUGAUUCUCUUCGUUGUGUUCCUGUUUCACAAACUGGACACUGUGAGCUGCCAGAUGAAAGUCCAGGCGUCCGUCGGACACGCCGUCCUGCUGCCGUGCAUCUACAGCAAGCCCGACCGUCUACAGGACAGCGUCCCCGUCUUCUGGAGGGACCGAAACGACAACAUCGUGCUGAACAUCCGAGACAAGGCCCCCGACCUCUCGACCCAGAGCGCCGAGUUCAAAGGUCGAGUGGUUUGGAAGGAGGAGCAGUACAGUAGGGGCAACUUCUCCAUCGUGAUGAAGGACGUCCAGAAGGCCGACAGCGGCCCGUACGAGUGUCACAUCCCCUCGCUGAGCUUCGAGCACCGCGUCACGCUCAAUGUCUCAGAUCGAGUUGAAUCAUCGAGAGGAAUCACCGCGGUAACACCGACCUCCUUCCUCAUGGUUCUGCUUCCUCCUCUUCUCUCUCUGAUAUACAUGUAGCUGCUGGUUUAAAACAAUACACCAUGAA